AUGAUCACCCCUUUCCUCCUCGGCACCGCGCUGUUCAACCCCCACCUCUCCAACAUGCGCCUCAACAACCGCCUCGCGGCCCACGACUGGCUGCUCGUCGACCGGGCCUGGUCCACGACGGGGUACAUCUCGGUGCUGGAGAACCACUCCGCCGUCUACCGGGUGCUCCGCGCAGACCACUCCCUGCUCGGCGGCGAAUGGCUGCUCACGCAGGAACGUCAGACGCAACAGCACUGGCUCGUGCCGGAGCCAACUUACGCCGUCUUCGAAAUGCUCGAAGCGGUGCGGCUCGUGCGGAGCCCCGGGGGGAAAUCCCCGGUGGCAGACGGUGAUGCCUCGGCGUUGGUCAUCGGCCUGGGGAUCGGGACGGCGCCGAAAGCGCUGAUUUCGCACAGGAUCGACACGACGAUCGUCGAGCUAGACCCGGCCGUGCAUCGGUUCGCGAAGAAAUGGUUCGCGCUGCCGGGGAACCACACUGCGGUGAUUGCGGACGCGGUGGAAUGGGUCGCGGGGGGUCAGAGCAUUCCCGAUGAUGACAGCAAGGACGACGACGGCGGGACCCCACUCCGGAGAUUUGACUACAUCAUCCACGACGUCUUCACCGGCGGGGCGUCGCCGCUGUCGCUGUUCACGGCGCAGUUCCUUCGGGAUCUGCGCGCGCGACUGCGGGAGGACGGGGGCGUCAUUGCGAUCAAUUACGCGGGAGACUUGAGUCUGCCGCUGACGGGACAUGUCCUGGGCACGAUUGAGCGGGUUUUUGACGGGAGGAGGAACUGUCGGAUUUUCCGCGAUGGACCGCCGCCGCAGAAAGCCCCAAACUCCGAUCGCUCCGAGGCAGAUUUCACCAACAUGGUAAUCUUCUGCCUCAACACAGCCUCCGAUACAUCCGAAUUCUCCUCCUCCGCCGCGGCCGCCGCACCGCCGUCAUGGGAUUUCCGUACCCCGGUUGAAGCGGACUAUCUCAACACCCACAGCCGGCGACAAUAUCUCGUCCCCAAGGCCGAGUACGAGAUGCCGUUUCCCGAAACGACUUCGGAGAAGGUUCUGGAGGUAGGCGAGGAAGCUUUGUGGGCGGAACAGCAGCUCGAGAGCGCGAGGAGGCAUUGGGCGCUCAUGAGGCAGGUUGUGCCGGGCGUUGUGUGGGAUCUGUGGUGA